CGCUCUGGUAGCUGUGGUCGGGGCUCGGGACCGGCUGCCAUCUUAGUCUAGGGACUGAGGAGUCGCCGCCGCCCGGAGUCCCGGUACCAUGCAUUUCACAGUGGCCUUGUGGAGACAACGCCUUAACCCAAGGAAGUGACUCAAACUGUGAGAACUUCAGGGUCUUCCUCUGUUGCCCAGGCUGGAGUACAGUGGUGUGAUCACAGCUCACUGCGGACUUACCUCCUGGGUCGGGAGUGGUGGUGUGCACCAGUGGUCCCAGCAACUCAGGAGGCUGAAGCAGAAGGACCCCCCAGCCCGGGAGGCGCUCCAGAACACCCCAGCUUGGGUGACAGAGUUUUCCAACCUAUUGGUGGUAUGUCUGACAGUGGAUCACAACUUGGUUCAAUGGGUAGCCUCACCAUGAAAUCACAGCUUCAGAUCACUGUCAUCUCAGCAAAACUUAAGGAAAAUAAGAAGAAUUGGUUUGGACCAAGUCCUUAUGUAGAGGUCACAGUAGAUGGACAGUCAAAGAAGACAGAAAAAUGCAACAACACAAACAGUCCUAAGUGGAAGCAACCCCUUACAGUUAUCGUUACCCCUGUGAGUAAAUUACAUUUUCGUGUGUGGAGUCACCAGACACUGAAAUCUGAUGUUUUGUUGGGAACUGCUGCAUUAGAUAUUUAUGAAACAUUAAAGUCAAACAAUAUGAAACUUGAAGAAGUAGUUGUGACUUUGCAGCUUGGAGGUGACAGAGAGCCAACAGAGACAGUAGGAGACUUAUCAAUUUGUCUUGAUGGGCUACAGUUAGAGUCUGAAGUUGUUACCAAUGGUGAAACUACAUGUUCAGAAAGUGCUUCUCAGAAUGACGAUGGCUCCAGAUCCAAGGAUGAAACAAGACUGAGCACAAAUGGAUCAGAUGAUCCCGAAGAUGCAGGAGCUGGUGAAAAUAGGAGAGUCAGUGGGAAUAAUUCUCCAUCACUCUCAAAUGGCGGUUUUAAACCUUCUAGACCUCCAAGACCUUCACGACCACCACCACCCACCCCACGUAGACCAGCAUCUGUCAAUGGUUCACCAUCUGCCACUUCUGAAAGUGAUGGGUCUAGUACAGGCUCUCUGCCACCGACAAAUACAAAUACAAAUACAUCUGAAGGAGCAACAUCUGGAUUAAUAAUUCCUCUUACUAUAUCUGGAGGCUCAGGCCCUAGGCCAUUAAAUCCUGUAACUCAAGCUCCCUUGCCACCUGGUUGGGAGCAGAGAGUGGACCAGCACGGACGAGUUUACUAUGUAGAUCAUGUUGAGAAAAGAACAACAUGGGAUAGACCAGAACCUCUACCUCCUGGCUGGGAACGGCGGGUUGACAACAUGGGACGUAUUUAUUAUGUUGACCAUUUCACAAGAACAACAACGUGGCAGAGGCCAACACUGGAAUCUGUCCGGAACUAUGAACAAUGGCAGCUACAGCGUAGUCAGCUUCAAGGAGCAAUGCAGCAGUUUAACCAGAGAUUCAUUUAUGGGAAUCAAGAUUUAUUUGCUACAUCACAAAGUAAAGAAUUUGAUCCUCUUGGUCCAUUGCCACCUGGAUGGGAGAAGAGAACAGACAGCAAUGGCAGAGUAUAUUUCGUCAACCACAACACUCGAAUUACACAAUGGGAAGACCCCAGAAGUCAAGGUCAAUUAAAUGAAAAGCCCUUACCUGAAGGUUGGGAAAUGAGAUUCACAGUGGAUGGAAUUGCAUAUUUUGUGGACCACAAUAGAAGAACUACCACCUAUAUAGAUCCCCGCACAGGAAAAUCUGCCCUAGACAAUGGACCUCAGAUAGCCUAUGUUCGGGACUUCAAAGCAAAGGUUCAGUAUUUCCGAUUCUGGUGUCAGCAACUGGCCAUGCCACAGCACAUAAAGAUUACAGUGACAAGGAAAACAUUGUUUGAGGAUUCCUUUCAACAGAUAAUGAGCCUCAGUCCCCAAGAUCUGCGAAGACGUUUGUGGGUGAUUUUUCCAGGAGAAGAAGGUUUAGAUUAUGGAGGUGUAGCAAGAGAAUGGUUCUUUCUUUUGUCACAUGAAGUGUUGAACCCAAUGUAUUGCCUGUUUGAAUAUGCAGGGAAGGAUAACUACUGCUUGCAGAUAAACCCCGCUUCUUACAUCAAUCCAGAUCACCUGAAAUAUUUUCGUUUUAUUGGCAGAUUUAUUGCCAUGGCUCUGUUCCAUGGGAAAAUCAUAGACACAAGUUUUUCUCUACCAUUCUAUAAGCGUAUCUUGAGCAAACCAGUUGGACUCAAGGAUUUAGAAUCUAUUGAUCCAGAAUUUUACAAUUCUCUCAUCUGGGUUAAAGAAAACAAUAUUGAGGAAUGUGGUUUGGAAAUGUACUUCUCCGUUGACAAAGAAAUUCUAGGUGAAAUUAAGAGUCAUGAUCUGAAACCUAAUGGUGGCAAUAUUCUUGUAACAGAAGAAAAUAAAGAGGAAUACAUCAGAAUGGUAGCUGAAUGGAGGUUGUCUCGAGGUGUUGAAGAACAGACACAAGCUUUCUUUGAGGGCUUUAAUGAAAUUCUUCCCCAGCAAUAUGUGCAAUACUUUGAUGCAAAGGAAUUAGAGGUCCUUUUAUGUGGAAUGCAAGAGAUUGAUUUGAAUGACUGGCAAAGACAUGCCAUCUACCGUCAUUAUACGAGGACCAGCAAACAAAUCAUGUGGUUUUGGCAGUUUGUUAAAGAAAUUGAUAAUGAGAAGAGAAUGAGACUUCUACAGUUUGUUACUGGAACCUGCCGAUUGCCACUAGGAGGAUUUGCUGAUCUCAUGGGGAGCAAUGGACCACAGAAAUUCUGCAUUGAAAAAGUUGGGAAAGAAAAUUGGCUACCCAGAAGUCAUACCUGUUUUAAUCGCCUGGACCUUCCACCAUACAAGAGCUAUGAGCAACUGAAGGAAAAGCUGUUGUUUGCCAUAGAAGAAACAGAAGGAUUUGGACAAGAGUAACUUCUGAGAACUUGCACCGUGAAUGGGCAAGAACUUAUUUGCAAUGUUUGUCCUUCUCUGCCUGUUGCACAUCUUGUAAAAUUGGACUAUCGCUCUUUAGAGAGUUAUCUGAGUGUAAGUAAAUUAAUGUUCUCAUUUAGAUUUAUCUCCCAGUGAUUUCUACUCAACAUUUCCAGAAAUCAGGUCUGCAAAUGACUAGUCAAAACCUUGCUUAAUAUGAGAUUUUAACACAACAACGAAAUCUGCCUUGUCUUAUUCCACUAGUUUGUUCCUUUAACAACAAUUCUGUAUAUGUGUCAAAAGUCUCACUUGGGAGUAGUUUUUUUUCUCUUAGAGAUUCUGCAGAUAUACAGGGAAGUCCUUUGGUAACUGCAAUAUACAAGAUCUGCCUAUUUAACCUCUUGGUAAGAGGCAUUUGUUAAAAGUGGAAGCUUAGCCCAGCUUCUGGGGAUGUGAGCAAAAUUCUGGCUUGUGUUCUCCCUCUCAUUUUAGUCUGACUUGACUAUUGUUUUUCCUUUCUGGAGCAUGAAUCCAUACAUCAUUCCUGGAAGUGAUACAAGACUCUUGCAUCUCUACAAAGUAGUUUUGUCAAUUUGAAUUCAGGGAAAAGUUCUUCACAGCCUACAAAUGACUUCAUUUGGAAGUUUGAUUGUUUCAGUUACCUGGCAAAUAUUACACUUUACAAUGUUAACACUGUGAUUCCUUCAUUGUUUUAAGAAGUUAACCUAGGGCCGGGCAUGGUGGCUCAUACCUGUAAUCCUAGCACUUUGGGAGGCCGAGGCAGGAGGAUCCCUUUAGCCCAGGAGUUCAAGACCCGCCUGGGCAAUAUAGGGAGACCCUGUCUCUUUUGGGGAAGGGUAGGGGGAGAAAUAAAUAAAUAAAAGGAAAAAAAAAGUUAACCUAGAAUUAGAAUUAAUUUAACUGAAUUCAUCUAAGGAUGUCACUGGUGAUUUUUAUAUGUUCCUCUACAUAAUUGAUGCUUUAUAAUUUUAUCAUAAUCCAACAACUUCAUUUAUAUUUAAUUGUUAAGGAGUUUAAGACUAGAAAGACUAGAGUGUUUUCUAGUCCAAAUAGAGGUCAGUGAAACAGCUUUUGACAUCAAAUUUUCAUUUGAGAGGAAAGCUGUGGUACUGGCUAAAAACAAAGGAAGAUAACAUCCAGUAACCACAGGAAUAUAUUCUCUGUGAAUUAAAAGUCUUCAAAGUUAUCAUUUCUCUGACAUAUGUUGGAGUAGUCAUUUCCAUUCUUUACAUUGUCAUGAACUGGAUUGAUACCCCUCAUCUGCCAUAUUCUUUUUACCCCUAAAAUUUUUAACAGGGUUUCCUUUUUUUCUCAUGACUAUUUAAGUUUAGAUUGCUCCAUUAUUAACUGAUUAAUGCACUUUGAAGUUCUCUGGAAUUAAUUAUUUUAACUUGGCCUAGCUUUGACUGUCAAGAUGGCUGUUAUAAAUUUGACUUCAUUGGCAGUGGAAUAAAGCCUAAGCCAGCUGAGUCCCUAUCAUAGCUGAACCCUGAGGACAGCCUCAUAGCUCAUGUAUCAGGGACUUUUGCUACAUUUCAGAGGCAUAGCAUGAACAACUAAUAUUAAACCAAGAACAAGCAGCAGAACCCUGUUCCAUAUGGGAAAAACAAAACAAAACAAAAAACAAAACACUUUUUUGUCCCUAAUGUUCUUCCUUUUUACAUCCUGGAACAACAAUAAAAACAUUUUUUUUAAACUUGUCUAUCUGUACUCCAAGACACUGCCAUCAUAAAGCAGAGACUUACAUGAGUGAAAAGGUUGCCUCAUCAAGAAACUCAGUGUAAAUAGGGAGACUAGGCUCUCCCCAGCUCUAUGGUUUUUUUAUUUCAUGUACCCCAGGAAAUACUGUGUGGUUUCUAAAAUCCCUGGUUGUUAAAAGUAGGGACUCUGCCUUUUUGUUAGUAGGGGAAAAAAAAAAUGCUAUUGCUUUGUCUUACAGAGCGAAUGUCUGCCAACUGCCCAUUCAUUAUAUUAGUCUGAACUUGGUAAUAUAUGGCUAAUGAAGAUUAAGCCCUCUAUAAAGACUUCCUGUUGAGGUGAAUUAUCAUACUGAAAUGUAGUUACCUACAAUAUUUACUAGAGAUUUAUGAAAUUAAAUUAAGCGAUAAUGUAAGAAAAUAGAUUUUUUUGGUUCUAUAUAAUGCUUCAUGAUUCAUUUAGGGACCUAGAAAUAUUGUGUGAAAAUAUAUAAAUAUCACCCAAAAGGCUUUCUGCCCUAUAUUUUUAAAAUACAGAAUAGUUAUAUUUGAAAUAGCCCUGGCCCUAGUUCUAUAGGGCUCGGCUAUUUAAUAUUUUUAUGGAAGAAGUGUUUAGUUCUGGAAAAGGUAAAUGCUUGUAUAUAUUUUUGCAGCCUGGGAUCUCCCUACUCCAUUUUUUCCUUUAAUUUAAGUGGCCACAUGUAUAUGUCUUCCCUGCUGUGUUAGGAAAAUGGGGGCUGGAUAUCCCAAGAAUCAGAGGUUAUAUAAAAAUAUUGCAAAUAGACAGAAGACAUAAAUAUCUACCAAAUGCUAUCUUAAAUUUUGGUCCAAACUGAACAUAUGGAAAUAGAUUUGUUAUAAGUAUUUACUUAGAGCUUUUUCUUAAAUCUGAACUAAAUUGCUUUUAGAAUUCUUUUUCUUUGUAAGCAUUGUAAAUGCUAAUAAAUCCUGUUAAUUUUUUUUUUUUUUUUUUUUUUUUUUUUUUACUGCAUGUUACAUUGAAAUAAAACCAAGUAAAAUGAGCAAUUGCCUUAUUCUUCUGCUCUUUUGCAGGGGGUGGGGGUUGGGGAAGACAGCAUUCCACAGCCUGGUCAGGAGGGAAGGACCUCACUUGUUUCAUCAAAUGGAGUGGUUUAAAACUGAUCAAGCAGCUCAUAAUAAUGAAUUCCUGCUCUGUCUUUCAUUAUCUUAUGUCAGAGUGCAGAAAAACAUCAUUUCAUAAGACUUACAAUAACUCUAUUUAAAAUUCAGGUAUUGUGCUCGGGAGGCUGAGGUGGGAGGAUCCCAGGAGUUCAAAUCUAGCCUGGGCAACAUAGCGAGACCCUGUCUCUUAAAAAAACAAAAAGACAUAUUCAGGUACUGGUUUUUCAUCAAGAGAUUGACAUACCAGUGAUCAAAAAUUUUAGUGAAACCUGACUCAACUAUACACAAAGUUCUCAUCCUAAAUGAGCUAUUUCAGUCAAGCCCACUCUACCACUUUUUACUUAUCUGGUUAAUAAUACAACAUGUUGUCAGGGUUGACUCAUGGAAUUAAAUUUUUCCUCUAUUUUUAUAUCCUUCCCUGUUUUGGAUGUAACUUCAUCUUUCUAAACUCCUUUAGAGUUAACUACUUCUAUUUAGUAUUGUUGGUAUCUCCAGCCCCCCUCCUUUUUUCGUUUUUCUUUUAGUUAUUUACUUUGUUUGUAUAUUUGCUUUUAUUAACUAAAAACGGAAUUGACAGCACAGGAUUGUAUAUUACUGUAUUAAGAGUACUUUUGUUUUCUUGAUCUGUUACUUUUAAUACUCAGGUAAUGCUACAAAUAUUACAGGGAGUUAAAUGCUUUUAUAAAGUUCCUUCAGUGGUUGCUACACUUGUGUUUUCCUACAAGAUAUAAGACUGUUCAUAAUUAAACUUUUUUGGUCCUUCA